GGGUAAUAAAGUGUCAUUCAUUGAAACGUAAGGGAAAGAUAUUAUAUUUUCAACGAUUAUAUAAACAUGUCCCCGCUUUCUAUGUUUCGUAUUACACAUAACAGAUCUCUCUCGUUGUUUCAAAGAAGCACACCCUGUGAUCGCGGAUCUACAAGUAGUAACACAAGAAGAUGGUGAAGAUCUGCUGCAUUGGAGCUGGUUAUGUUGGGGGUCCCACCAUGGCUGUGAUAGCACUCAAGUGCCCUGAUAUCGAAGUGGCAGUAGUUGAUAUCUCUGUACCUCGCAUAACAGCCUGGAACAGUGACCAGCUCCCAAUCUACGAGCCAGGUCUUGAUGAUGUGGUGAAGCAACGCAGAGGCAAGAACCUCUUCUUCAGCACUGAUGUGGAAAAACACGUUUGUGAGGCCGACAUUGUAUUUGUCUCGGUCAACACCCCAACAAAGACCCGUGGUCUUGGAGCUGGUAAAGCUGCUGAUCUCACAUACUGGGAAAGUGCUGCCCGUAUGAUUGCUGACGUGUCAAAAUCAGACAAAAUCGUUGUUGAAAAAUCAACUGUUCCAGUGAAAACAGCUGAAGCCAUUGAAAAGAUUCUGACACAUAACAGCAAAGGGAUCAACUUCCAGAUCCUUUCAAACCCGGAGUUUCUCGCUGAGGGAACCGCAAUUCAAGAUCUUUUUAACCCCGACAGGGUUUUAAUCGGAGGCAGGGAAACCCCAGGGGGAGAGAAAGCAAUCCAAGCUUUGAAGGCAGUGUACGCAAAAUGGGUCCCGGAUGAAAACAUCAUCACAACAAACUUAUGGUCCGCUGAGCUGUCGAAACUUGCUGCCAACGCCUUCCUGGCGCAACGUAUCUCAUCCGUUAACGCCAUGUCAGCGCUCUGCGAGGCGACCGGUGCGAAUGUUAGCCAGGUGGCGUAUGCGGUUGGGAAGGACACAAGAAUCGGCCCAAAGUUUUUGAACGCGAGUGUUGGUUUUGGUGGGUCUUGCUUCCAGAAGGAUAUUUUGAACUUGGUUUACAUCUGUGAGUGUAAUGGUCUCCCUGAAGUAGCAGAAUACUGGAAACAAGUGAUCAAGAUUAAUGACUACCAGAAGACCCGUUUUGUGAACCGGGUUGUGGCGUCUAUGUUCAACACUGUUUCCAACAAGAAGAUUGCGAUACUUGGGUUCGCAUUCAAGAAGGACACAGGUGACACCCGUGAAACACCAGCCAUUGAUGUUUGCAAGGGUUUGUUAGGUGACAAAGCGUUGUUGAGUAUCUAUGAUCCACAAGUCACGGAGGAUCAGAUCCAGAGAGACCUUUCCAUGAAGAAGUUUGACUGGGACCACCCUCUUCACCUUCAGCCAAUGAGUCCCACUACUGUGAAACAAGUAGGUGUUGUUUGGGAUGCUUAUGAAGCCACCAAGGAUGCUCACGGUGUUUGUAUUUUGACUGAAUGGGACGAGUUCAAAAACCUUGAUUUUCAGAAGAUAUAUGACAACAUGCAGAAACCUGCUUUUGUGUUUGAUGGGAGAAACGUUGUGGACAGUGAGAAACUGAGAGAAAUCGGUUUCAUUGUCUACUCGAUUGGUAAGCCACUUGAUGCUUGGCUCAAGGACAUGCCUGCUUUGGUCUAAACAAACAAUUUGGAACUUGAGAGCACUAGUCAGUUCAGUUCAGUUCACUAUUUUUGGCUGGUCAGUUCUUUUAUUCUUAUAUUUGCACCCUGUAGUGAAAAAAAAAACAACUUCCAUUUGGGUUGGUAAUUGGUUGCCAUAUUAUAUAUGUUUACUAAGCUUUUUUAUGUUCAGUUCAUUCCUUCUACAUUGUAUCUCAUGGAUUUUUUAAUAUGAUGACCCUUUUUUGUUGAA